UUUCCUCUCCUCUUUUGCCCCCCAAUUCGAAAUCCGUUUCUUUCUCGCCAGCUAUGGAGAGCGCCGGCAACGAUCGAUCUUUUCAGGCCGCCGCGUUCGCGGCUUCAGCAUGCUCCGACUUGGAGAGCCGCGGCUUCAUGGUCCCUUACGCUUUGUUGCAAAACCCUCCCCUGGGAACCUACAGCGAUGCUCAGUCCCUUGAGGAUGGUCUUCGCAGUCUCCGUCUCUCGCCUCCGUGUCGGCCGUCUCCUUAUCAGGAAUUCACUGGUGGUGUUCUUGACGCGUGCCCAUAUCAGUCCCUUGCUAACGUUUCCACUAUGCCUCCGAAUCGGUCGUCUCCUUAUCCGGAAUUCGCUGGUGAUGUUCUCGACCCUUACCCAUAUGCGUCCCUUGCUAACGUUUCCAGCGUGCCUCCGAAUCGGCCGUCUCCUUAUUCGGAAUUCACUGGUGAUGUUUUUGGCGCAUACCCAUAUCCGUCACCUACUAAUGUUUUCAGCGUGGGCAUUCCUAGGACUGAUAGCUAUGACGCGAGUCGUCUAAUACCAGAUUCGAUUGGCGCUGCCCGAAAUAUCUUUAGGUUCGGCUAUGGUCCUUCUGUACACGUCGAACCUUUGAGCAAUCACUCUCCCGCAUUGAUCGGUGAUGGCUGGAUUCAGACCGAUCCCAAUGUGUUUGCCAUGGCUGGUUCGAGGGAGAGACUGUCUGUCGAGAACCUCCCAUCUCUGCCCGCCUUGGGUCGAGCCGGUUCUUGCCAUUAUAACUCGAGAUUCUCGAGGCCGGAUGUGAGUAACAGGAGGCUUUCCGAGGCGGCCAGGACGCCGGUUUCCUCGGCGGCGAUGCACAACUCGCGCCGAAACAUACGGUUGUCUACUAGGAAUGGUUCUUGGUCGCUGCCGAGGACUGGGGUACCUUUGGACAAGGAGAAAGUAGGGAGGCUUUUCAAUCAGGUCAUUAACAGCAUCGGCGACUUUAUGGUUCAUCAGACUUGGAAUCAUGUGAUACAGAGUCUCGUGGAGGUCUGCGACGAAGUGCAGAGGACUAAGAUCCUAGAGAAGGUGACCCUUCAGGAGCACCGACUAGUCAAGAUUUGCCUCGACCCGUACGGAAUUCAUGCCGUGAAGAAACUACUAGACCAUGUUACAACGCCGUAUCAGAUGAAACUGGUCGUAUCGGCUUUGUUGCCCGGCGUGGUCUCGCUGGCUCUGGAGAAGAAUAGUGUGAUUGAGCAUUGCUUGCGGAACUUCCCUCACGAGUAUACAGAGUCCCUCUUGGUGGAGCUGGCGAAGAAUUGCUACCACAUCGCGACCAAUCAAACCGGGUGUUGCACGCUGCAAGCUUGCAUCCACUACUCCGACAGAGCGAGCCGAGAGUGCCUCUUGGUCGAGCUACCAUCAUAUUCCCUGCAACUAGCCCAAGACCCAUAUGGCAACUACGUGGUGCAGACUUUGCUGAGUUUGAUGCGGCCGGGAGUUACGAACAAGGUUAUAGAAGUGCUUCGAGGGAGUUUUCUCCCUCUGUCGACUAACAAGUAUGCUUCUCAUGUGGUCGAGAGAUGCAUCAAAACCAUCGGAGAAGUGCAGUCCAGACAGGUUGCGCUGGAGUUGACGACGAGCCCGAGUUGCCCGAAACUUUUCACCGAUGAGUUUGGAAACUUCGUCACCAAAACGUUGCUGGAAGAAGCGCACCAGUCCUGGGGGCGGAUCUUCAACUAUCUGGAGAAGAUGAUUGAGGAGCGCGAGUCGCAGCUCGCAACCCAUACCUUCGGUAAGAACGUAUUGGCCAAACUUAGGACGUUGCAGAGGCGCAGAUGCGGUGUAUGAUUAUGUGCAGUACUAUCGUGAUCCGGAAUCGACCCAAGUGCCAUCUUUUCAGUUUGUCUCGCUGGAGGAUUGCACCGGUGGUUAUAUACCAAACAGACAUUAUUAUAGUAUGUGCAAGUGCAAUAUUGUGAGGUGUAGAGCUUGUUCGCAUCGGUAAAGAAGGUCAUUUGUUGUCUUGUCACUGUUGGUCCGAGGUAUGUUUUGUGGGUUUUUACUAGUUCUUCUUAGGUGAUUGAAGGUGUGUUUUGUGUUCAUCGACAUUGCGAUUUCGCAUUGCUUUUUGUUUUAUGUGUCUUUCGAAUUAUGCUCAUGUUAA